AGGUAAAGAAUAUGGCUAUGAACAUGAUGGAGUGUGAUGUAGAAGACAAUAAUUUCAUUGAGUGGCUCAAACCAUCUACUUCAUCUCUUUCAUAUCUAACUUCAUCAUCAUCAUCAUCUUUUUCCACCACUCAAAAUGAUCUUGUUCAUGAGACUUUUCAAUUCUUUCCUAUUUUGAAUGCAAAACCUUCAAAAGAGGUUCAUCAUGAAGUACCAAAAAUGGAGGGUUUCGACGUGAAAGAAGAAAAUAUUACUGUGGCUUUGCAUAUUGGAUUACCUAACCCUAAACAACAUCUUGAUGAUGAGAAGAAGAUUUUCCAUGUUAAAGAACAAGAGAUUUGUAAGAAAAGUUUUCAAAGGUUUUGGAUACCAACUCCUGCACAGAUUCUCAUUGGACCUAUGCAGUUUGUUUGCUCCAUAUGCAACAAAACCUUCGCUAGGUAUAACAACAUGCAGAUGCAUAUGUGGGGGCAUGGAUCUGAAUUUAGGAAAGGACCAGACUCACUUAGAGGAACACAACCAGCUGCAAUGCUAAGGCUUCCAUGUUAUUGUUGUGCUCAAGGUUGCAAGAAUAACAUUAAUCAUCCAAGAGCUAAGCCUUUGAAAGACUUUAGAACUCUCCAAACUCAUUACAAAAGAAAACAUGGGACAAAACCUUUUAUGUGUAGGAAAUGUGGGAAAGCAUUUGCUGUCAAAGGUGAUUGGAGGACUCAUGAAAAGAAUUGUGGCAAGUUGUGGUAUUGUUCAUGUGGUUCGGAUUUUAAACACAAGAGAUCUCUCAAAGAUCAUAUUAGAUCCUUCGGAAAGGGUCAUAAUCGACUUCUGAGUCCCGAUGAUCGAGCUUUUGAUGUGGAGAAGGAAUGUGUUAUUGGUUCAGAUAUAAAUGAAGUUGCUCCCAUAUGAUCAAUGAAUUUUAACUUUUUUUUUGUAUUGUAACUAUUAAAAUAUUGAUAUUACGACAAAAAAUUUAUUUAUAAAUUUUGUCGUUAUUUCAAUUUUUUAAUAGUAUAGUGAACACAUUUAUCUAAACGUAAUAAUUCAUUAUCCUUGUGAUCGAUAGCAAAAAAUUCUCAAUAAUAUUGUUGAAGUAUGAAUGUGGGAACAGUUUGCUACCGAACACUUAGGAUAAUGAUGAGCUAUCAUAUUUAUAGAGGUUUGUUUUAUAAUUAAUUAUAAUAAGAACUUGCCUCAAGUGGCGAUGUAGAUAAAUUUUCUUCACGUAGAAACAAAGGGUAGUAGGUGUUUAUGCCAUGUUAAAAUUUGUGUGUCCCAUUCAAUGGAGA